AUGAGCAGCCUAUUUCACGAACCUGCAGUGAAGAAGCUGCUUGGAUGGAAGCAAGGUGAUGAGGAGGAAAAGUGGGCAGAAAAGAAUGGUCAAGGUACUAUUGAAGACCUUGAGUUUGCACUUGCAAAUCCCGGAUCUCAUAGUAAAUGUGUCACAAUACCUCGUUCGCUUGAUGGACGACUUCAGGUUUCGCAUCGAAAGGGACUUCCUCAUGUAAUAUAUUGUAAAGUAUGGCGAUGGCGUGAUUUGCAAUCGCAUCAUGAGCUCAAAUCUGUACCUGAAUGUUUAUAUUCAUAUGAUAGCAAGCAGCCUCUAAUUUGUAUUAAUCCUUACCAUUACCAAAAGAUUGAAUCUCAGAUCAUCCCGGUAGCAGUUCCACAUUCUGUUCCAUUCCCCAAUAUUCUCCAUAGAGAUAUUCCACCGUCAGUGAGCUCUAUUCCCCCUAACAUGUAUGGACAUCAUCAGUCGCUUGAAAUACCUUCGUCGCUAAAUACUCCAAUGGAAUAUUGUGCUUAUCGAGAUACUUCCUCCUACUCAUCUGCAAGUCCUUUAUCGGUGUUCAGCGAGGACUGCGAAACAAUAUCAUCAGAAAUCGAAUCGGGUUACUACUAUCCAGAACCGAAUUUCUGGUGUUCACUUGGCUACUAUGAGCUUAAUUCUCGCGUCGGUGAACUUUUCAAGAUAAGGAAUCUGGAAGUAGUUGUCGAUGGAUUUACAGAUCCAUCAAAUUCUGAUGAUCGAGUCUGUCUUGGCCUGCUGACCAAUGUUAAUCGAAAUGCAACCAUAGAAAAUACUCGGAAACACAUAGGAAAAGGAGUGAAAUUGACAUGUGAAGAGACGACACAUGAUGUAAUUGUGACGAAUCUUUCAGAUUCUCCAAUAUUCGUACAGUCUAGAAAUAGCAAUUAUAAACUUAAUUGUAUGCCAAAUGCUGUUUGUAGGAUACCUCCUGGACAUUUCAUGUACAUAUUUCAUCAUCAGUUAUUUGUGCAGAUGCUACGACGAGCAGAGCGAGAAGGCUAUAACAAUGUUUAUGAGUUGACAAAAAUGUGUUUUAUUCGAAUAUCAUUCGUAAAAGGUUGGGGAGGUCCAGAAUAUCACCGCCAGGAUGUCACCUCGACGCCAUGCUGGAUGGAAAUGCAGUUACACGGACCACUUGCAUGCAUAGAUCAAGUGAUCGAAAGAUUGGAUCCACCGGCAAAUCCCAUAUCUUCUGUAUCUUGA